AUGAAGCUCUUUCAUGCGAUGUCUCGUCGGCGCACCCUGUUGUGCGUCGCCACCGUGCUGCUUUUCUUGGUCGUCAUGAUGGCCUUUGCGCAUGCUCAGGAUGAUAUGGCCGACGCUGCCACUGAUUCUGUCGGCGAGCCUGUGGACCACGAUACUUCGACAGCGACAGAGGCUGCUGUGAGGGCAGCUAAAGCUAAGGCGGCUGCCGCGAAAGAGCGUGAGGCCAGGGAGGAGGCUCGUCGCCAGGAGGAGCGUCAGCGCCAGGAAGCGGAGAUGGAGCUCAAGCGCAAGGCCGCCGAGGCGCGUCGGCUCAAGGAGGAGGAGGACAGGGCGCGCGAGUAUGAGGAGAGGGCAAAGCGGAGGAUUGACUCCGUGGACAUGAUCCGUUACUCGGCCAAGGAGCUACCGCAGGGGUGUGUGAAGGCUGUUGAGGAGUACCUUUUCCGUGUGCACGAGCACCGCCAGCGGACGGCGGCUGCGGUUCGCGAUGCCCGCUCGGAGCUCAAUGAGGCCCGUGUACACGCCCCGAGCAAGGUCGCGGCGCUGGAGAAGCGGCUGGCUACGAAGCAGGACGAUCUGCUCGUCUACGAUAUCGAAACACUGCGCAUGUAUGGCGGGGACAUUCCCAAGACGUGUAUCGCCGAGGCACAGGACUGGCUUGAUAGUCAGCCAGCGGUGACUUCGACGAGCGACGCGGUGCAGGUGUACACUCAGUUCGUUCGUUUUAUCAUCGCACACUGGAAGACGCUUUACAUGACCGCGCGCGGCGUGGUUCAAUACAUGAUCAGCUCCUACACUCCCGUUGUCGCCUCUUAUAUGAAGUCAGCGCAAUACUACUAUGACAAGGCGGAGAUGAUUUACACUGAGCUGUGGCCUGCGUCAGGCAAGCGGCAGGAUAUGCUGAUGAUGGAAUUUGCGAAGAAGUUUGCUGUCAUGGUGGGCCACAUGUCCGUACCGAUCUGCUUAGGCGUCACUGCUGGCAUCCUCGCUCUCGCUGUGCUGCCACCAGUAGCAGUGGCGGUGACCAUGUACGAGUAUCUAUACAAGAUCUGGGUGGAGCUCUUCAUUGCAUAUUAUAUCUACGGGGCUAAAAUGCCCGACGGCGCUAUCAUUACUGUCAAGAACAUCGUGGCCGCGGUGCAGGAGGGCAAGUGGGAUUCUAUCUUCACCAACGUAACUGAGGCUUUCAUGGACCUCUUAGUGGAUGUGGAGACCGUCUUCUACAACGGUGUGGUUAUCAUCCUUCUGCUUGCUAACAUCGUGAUGGUUUGCGUGUUUUUCAUGUGUGUCUGGUGCUGUUACUGCGUCCCCGGAAUUCGCGGCAAGAAGCGCGCCCACCCGCUGAAGUCGACCCUGGGCAGCGCCAGCGGCAGCAGUACUGUCAACAAGAAGAAUGCUGCGACACCUGGUGCGGCUGCUGCGGCUUUGGCUGCAAAGAAGAAAAACUGA